AGUUACAAGCACGUAAUGCGGAAGAAAUUGCACUCGAUCAUGUGAUUUUUCAAGUUUAGUUAAAGUUGAGUUGUGAUCGUUUGCGACCAUUUCCAGAAGUGUUAAUUUUUCUCCCAGACUUGUGCGUACAUAGAGGAUGAAUUAAGCGCGCACCCAGACCAAAUCCCCGGUCCUAUAAGAUGGCGUACCUGCGAAAUUUUGUAAUUUUGCUAUUCUUUGUUGGAUCUGUGUCUUCCGAUCCCUGCUUCUAUGAACUAAACUGCACUUGUAGCAACUCAAAGUACGAUAUACUCGUCCAUGCAAACUGUUCGGGUUUACAUUUAAACAAUUCUCCUUCCUGGUUUCCAGACAAUGUGACCAGCAUUGAUUUAUCAAGAAACCAAUUACAAACGAUUAAUAUAACCCCAAAUUAUCCUAGAACUUUAAAACACCUUAAUUUAUCUUACAAUGACAUUAAUUACCUUUCAAAUAAGUCCUUCGACUGGAUUCCGUAUCUGGAGACCUUAGAUUUGUCCUACAAUAAUUUGAAUUUAGGGAAGGAGAGCCUACCAGACGGAGUGUUUCAAUAUCUGGGGAAUCUAAAGUCGUUAAAUCUCUCCCACAACAACUUUUCGCACGCAAAUCAGUACAAUGCAGAAAUAUUUCAAAAUAUUCCACUCCUUGAAACGUUAGAAAUUGAUGGAUUGACAGAGGGGAACUUCAAGUUUACGCUGAAGAGAAAAAGAUUCGCUUUCACCAAAUCCUCGGAUGACUUUAAUUGUUCUCCAGAUCUCAAAUCACUAUGUUUAAAAUUUAUGAAUGUCUUAGUAGUCUCAGGAAGAAGAAACCCUAGUAAAUGUUUGAUUGAGGUCUUGACGGCAGACUUCUUCGCCAGCCUCCCUACGCUAAAAAAGUUAGACCUAUCUGGUUGUUCAAUCAAGUCCAUCGAGGAAGGAUCUUUUCCCCCAAGCCUUACAUAUUUGGAUUUAUCCUACAACGAAAAACUUUCUUUCCAUUUGCUUCCAAAUAUUUCUGCAAAUUUGAUUAACUUAACGACUUUGAUAUUGGACAAAAUUCACUGCACGUUUGGAAUGGGGACCUAUAUCACAGCAGACAUGGUCAAAAAUUUUGCGAAUACUUCAAUCAAAAAUCUUUCCCUUAGUAUGAAUAGAUUGGAGUCUGUGGAACCUAAUGUUCUUACUAAUACUAGUAUCGUACGAAAGCUGGAGUAUUUAAAUCUCUCAUAUAAUAAAUUAACAUUCGGGUGGUACCUUCUUAAUUUAGGGCAGAUGAAAAAAAUGAAGAAAAUAGAUUUGAGUGGACAACAUACAACUUUCUUUACCGGAUCUGGGACAGAUUUUAAAGAGUGUGAAAAUCAUCGCAUAUGCUCUUAUUCCUCACCAGAUUUGGGGUACUCAACGCCACAUCGGUGGAAUUUAACAAUUUACAUGCCUCCAGAAUUAGAGACGGUUAUUUUCAAUCAUGCGUCCCUUCAUUCAGCGAUAGAAAAAGUAGUGAUAAGCUCAAAUAACAGUGUGAAAAACAUUGACCUCGGCUCGAAUUACAUUGAGAACCUGACGGGACCAGUCCACGGAUUAGAUAAGGUUGAGGUGGUGGAUUUUUCUCAUAAUUUCAUAUCAGUACUUUCACCAUAUUUCUUUCCAAGCUUUCCCAAGAUGACAAAACUUAAUCUUGGACAAAACUUGCUUGGAAACUGUUUAAACAAUGAUAACUCGACUUAUUUUCGAAAUUUAACGAACCUGAAAGAUUUGGAUCUUUCAAAGAAUGUUAUAAGGUCGAUUUCUCCCGAGAAUUUUGAUGGACUUGAUGCUUUGGAAGUGUUGAAUCUUAGCUAUAAUUUAUUAAGUGACUUUUAUCUCAACGAAGGCCAAGUUAGCUCCUUGAAGUUGGUAGAUCUGUCCUUUAAUGCUUUGUCCUCCAUUUCCGACACCACCACAAAGGCGCUGGAAUCAAUUCAACGAAAUCAUCAGCUGAAGAUCAAUCUGACAGGAAAUGAUCUUCGGUGUACAUGCGAUGCUCUAGAUCUUCUCAAGUGGAUGGUUAAGUCGGAAAUCACUUUUGUGGAUAAACAUUUAUACAGUUGUAGGACUAAGAACAUGACCCAGGAGAGCAUGACGGAUCUGGACUUAAUCGUCAAAACUCUCGUGAAAAAAUGUGAUGAUUACGAAGAAAUUAUCGGUAUCAUUUCUGCACUCUACGUCGUGUUUUUGACACUUAUCGUGGGUGGAAUUCUUUAUCGUUACCGUUGGAAACUGCGAUACAUUUAUUACAUGUCAAAAUGGAAUACUGCCACGUCACGUGACACAUACAGUAAAAUGUAUCAGUACGAUGCCUUUGUUUCUUACGCUGACGAAGAAAAGGAUUUCGUAAUGCAGGAAAUGACGUCAGAACUGGAAAGGGCAUCACAGCUUGUGUUAUGUCUUCAUGAGAGAGACUUCACACCAGGGAAAUCAAUUGGUGAAAAUAUAACCAGAUCAAUUUGUAGCAGUAAACGCGUCUUAUGUAUAGUGUCAGAAAGUUUCCUGCGAUCUCAUUGGUGCAUGUAUGAACUAGAAAUGGCGCUAACAGACAACAGAUAUUCACGCGAUAAACCGUCUGUAUUCCUCAUUAUGUAUAGAGGCUUGCCAACAGAGAACUCCAAAAUCAGCUUGUCCAUUCGCCUCAUGUCUUUGGUGAAAAUGAAUGCUUAUAUUGAAUAUCCGAAGGACGACAGAGACAAAGUUGAAUUCUGGAACUCUCUCAGAGUGAUCUUACAGGAAUGAUAAGACAUGACAGUGAUUCUGUGUGUAUAUUGGUCUGUGUUUUUAACAAUACAGUAUUGAUAUUAA